AUGGCUGACAAGGAGAAAGCACCAAUUUCCAAGAAAGGCGCCAAAAAAGCCCGGAAGAGGGUGUCACUGAAAGGCUACAAGAAACAGAAAAGAGUCGGGAAAGAGAGUUACUCCACCAACAUCGACAAAGCCAUGAGCAUCAUGAGCUCGUUCGUCAAUGACAUUUUCGAGCGCAUCACGGGUGAGGCUUCCCACCUGGCCCAUUACAACAAGCGCAGCACCAUCAGCUCCGGGGAGAUCCAGACCGCCAUGCGCCUGCUGCUGCCCGGGGAAGUGGCCGAGCACACCAUGUCGGAAGGGACAAAGGCGGUCACCAAGUACGCCAGCUCCAAGUAA